AUGAAGAAUCAGAACCAAACAGUUAUUAACAGUAACAUCAUCUCCCACAACAUAAAACUUGAAACAUUAAACACAUUCCUCAUCAAACCCUCCAAACCAACACCACCAAACCUUAAAAUCUUCAAACUCUCUUUACUUGAUCAACUCUCACCCAACAUCCAUGGCAACUCCACCUUCUUCUUCCCAAACAAAUACUCCUCUCAUUCUCAUAGCUCCUUCUCUCAUUACUCCAAACUCCUCCAAACCUCACUCUCCCAAACAUUAUCCCUAUUUUACCCUUUCGCCGGUCGUCUCCAACACUCCACCGACACCCGCACUGGCACCACCAUUCACUGCAACGACGAUGGCGUUUUAUUCAUCGAGUCUCAAACUACCACCACUCUCUCACAACUCCUCACCAACCCCGAUUUCAACACCCUCGAAUGCUUCCUCCCAGUUCCAACCACUGAAAACCAAAACAUGCUGUUAUUAGUCCGUUUCACUUUGUUCAGCUGCGGUUCCACCGCACUUACCAUAUCCCUCACACACAAGAUCAGUGACUUUAACACCUUCAUGACGUUUCUCAACACUUGGACCGCCGUAUGCGCCGCCACACCGGUUCCACUACCUGACUUAACCACCGCCUCCACUCUCUUUCCUCCUAGAGAACUCCCCGAGAUGUCCGCUUCCUUUACACCUUCAUCAAAAAAAUUUACUUCUAGAAGAUUUAUUUUUCAUGCAUGCAAAAUAGAAGAACUAAAGAGGGAAAUCAAAAGGGAAAUCGAGUUUUUCCCUUCGAGAGUCGAGGUUGUUCUAGCUCUCAUUUGGAGAUGUGCUCUUUCAGCUUCUCGUUCCAAAACGCGGACGUUUAAGCGUUCGGUUUUGUUUCAAGCUGUAAACCUCCGUCCACGCAUGGACCCCGCUGUACCAGAAACAGCAGUUGGGAACUUUGUGUGGUCGUUUGUGGUGACAGUUGAAGAAGAAUGCCACAUGGCAUUACACGAGACGGUGAAGAGAAUGAGAAAUGGUAUGAAAGAGUUUAUAGAGAAUGAAGCAAAGACUUUUAAGGAGGAAGGUGGGUUUAAAGUGGUGAUGGAGAGUUUCAAAGAUAGGGUUGAGACUUUGAUUGGGAGUGAGAAUGAGGAGAGUGUGGCAAUUUACAAAUGUUCUAGUUGGUGUAAAUUUCCAGUGCUUGAAUUUGAUUUUGGGUGGGGGAAACCAGUGUGGAAUUGUUGUGUGAAUAAGUUGGUGAGUAAUACAAUUGCUUUGAUGGAUACAAAAGAUGGUGAUGGAGUUGAAGCUUUUGUUACUCUUGAUGAGGAUGAUAUGGAGUUAUUUAAACAAGAUGAAGAGCUUCUGCACUAUGCUGUGCUUAAUCCUAGAAUCAUCAUUUGA